AUGCGUUUCUCAAACUUCUUUGUCUCAGCCUCUCUGGGGAACUUAGCUCUCGGCGCAGCUUUUUCUACUGGAAGGCUCGAGAGUCGAAAGAAAUGCCCUGGAACUGAUUGUUCGCUGAACCAAACCACCGCGAAUGCUCCUCACAAGAACUUCUGGGGUAGUCUGACUACCCAGGAAACUAAGGAUGUGCUUGCUCUUCUGCAUAGCAAUGCAACAGGCUUCAACCUGACUGCUGCAGAGGAUGCAGGGAGCCGAAACAACAAGAUUAUUUCGGUUGAGCUCAUGAUGCCAAACAAGACAGACGUCCUCCCCUUGCUCUCAAGCAGCACCGGUAGCCCAGAGCGUUACGCCCUGGCUGCAAUUAUGUUUGGUGCUGUUGAAAGUGCCUACGUUCAAGAGUUCAAGGUUGGCCCAUUGCCUAUCACCAACGCCUCGUAUGUUAUGCCAUACACCUUCACAAACACACGAGCGGGUGAUGGUAAGAUCCCAGUUGUCAACCCUGAUGCCGAGGACUAUGCCAACUUCAAUCUUGAGAUCAUGAAGGGUGCAGAGGACGUCACGAAGCGGCUCUGGAAUUUGACCGUCGAGGAUGGACUUCAGAUCCCACUUGCCUUCGCAGCCCCUCUCACAGUUACAGAAGACAAGGUCAUCAUGUGGCAGGGCUUCAAUGCGCCCGUCACAAGCAUCUACGACACAAUUUCUCUUCUUCCUUUAGGUUUGUACAUGAGAACAGACAUCACAGGCCGUGAUCCCAGCAAGUGGAACGUGACAGGCUGGGUGUACAACAAUGAGUUUUACAAGAGUCUGGAUGACUUCCGCAAGGUCAUUGCCGAGCCUGACUUCAAGCCCCUGGGAGCCAAUCUCGAUCAGCCUUGGGCGCAUACUAACAAGCAUGGUGAUCCUCUCCCUCUGGAUGAUAGCCCUCCACCGGCGUCUGUUCAGUCUGGCAAGGAGAGGUUUGCUGUUGAUGCGGAGGAGAGCUAUGUUACUUGGAUGGACUUCUCUUUCUACGUUAGUAUCACACGUGACAACGGGCUGCGACUUUACGACAUUCGAUACAAGGGCAAGAGAAUCAUGUAUGAACUUGGUCUUGACGAGGCCAUCGCCCAUUAUGCUGGCAUCGAUCCAGUUCAGUCUGGAACCUGCUACUUCGACAGCCUGAAUGGCUUUGGUCCCACUAUGAUCUCUCUCGUUAAGGGUUACGACUGCCCUGCAUACUCUCACUACCUCAACGUCACGCAGACCACGGGCGAGACUACGUAUACCCAGAAAGACGGGCUCUACCAAGGCAUGUUCGAGAUCGACAAGGGCUUCCCUAUCCAACGCCACUCCUGGGCAGGCCACACCACCGUAACAAAGAACAUCGCCUUCAACAUCCGUGCCAUCUACACCAUCGGAAACUACGACUACAUGACGACCUACCAAUUCCACCUCGAUGGUUCCAUUGAGAUCGACGUCCGAGCAUCGGGCUAUAUCUCAUCUGCAUUCUACGCCGAGAACGAAGACUACGGCUUCAAAAUCCACGAUAGUCUUUCUGGAUCUCUUCAUGAUCAUGUCAUCACCUUCAAGGCUGAUUUUGAUAUUCUGGGCGAGAAGAAUUCGUUGCAGAAGGUUGCUAUUGAGCCUACGGUUGAGAAGUAUAAGUGGUCGGAUGGUGAGACGCGUAACACUAUGAAGGCAGUCAAGAGCUUCAUCAAGACUGAAGAUGAUGGGAAGAUCAACUGGUCGCCUAAUGGCGGGGCUAUGUAUGCCGUUGUCAACAAGGACGAGAAGAAUCCUUACGGUGAAAACCCAGGAUACAGGAUCGUACCAGCAUCUGGCGUUGCCUACCUCACCGUCAAAGACUCCAGCAUCACCGGGAACGCAGCCCACCACACAACACAUCAUCUCUACGUCACCCGCCAGAAAGACAACGAGACAUACGCCGCAGGAGCAUACAACUCCCUCACACCCGAAGACCCGCAGGUUGACUUUGACAAGUACUUCAACGGCGAGUCCCUCGACCAAGAGGACAUUGUCGUUUGGUUCAACCUCGGAAUGCACCAUAUGCCUCACACAGGCGAUCUCCCCAACACGGUCUUCUCGACGGCUCACUCGUCCAUGUUGAUUGAGCCUAUGAACUAUCUCCUUGGUGAUCCGUCGCAGGCUAGUUCGCAGCAGGUUCUUAUCAAGACUACGGACAGCAAGCCUGAGAUUACGAGAUAUGGGGCUAAAGAAGCGACGUGCCCUGUUGAUAUGGCGCAGCUUAACCCCGAUCUGUCGAGCUACUCCAACAGUGUCAGUGUCCUGAAGUAUCCCUUCGAUGGCUCAAAGCCGGAUCGUGCUUAG